CUGUUGUGAAGGGAGACAGCUCCACUGACACCGUGAAGAAGAAGAAGAAGAGUUCAGCACUGUGGCAUCAUGAGAUACGUCCACUGACGGUCACCAGCUUUAUCUUUAGUGGAGUAAAGUGUGCCGUUGUUAAACUCACCGCUGCCUGGAGCGAUGCAGAAACUCGUCUCUGUGAGCAGAGUCCUGAAGCUGCUGAGGUUCAGCUGCGAGGGAGCAGCAGGACAUGUCCCCGGCGUGUCCUCCACCUCCAGACCCUACAGCCAUGCCCAUCCUCAGGGCCCCGGCUCCUUCGGGCUCCUCUUCGAUAUCGAUGGGGUGCUGGUGAGGGGCAGGACGCUCAUCCCUGCCGCCAAGCAGUGCUUCAAGAACCUGGUGGACCGCGACGGGAAAUACAAGGUGCCCGUGGUGUUUGUCACCAAUGCUGGGAACUGCAUGAGACAGACAAAAGCCGAACAUCUGUCACAUCUGCUGGAGGUGGAGGUGUCUCCUGACCAGGUGAUGCUUUCCCACAGUCCUUUGCGAAUGUUCACUCAGUUACACAAAAUGCGCGUGCUGGUGUCUGGGCAGGGUCCGGUGGAGGAGGUCGCUCACAACCUGGGCUUUCAGGAUGUUGUUACCAUUGAUAUGCUCAGAGAUGCAUAUCCUCUUCUCGAUAUCGUCGAUCAAAACCGACGGCCCAAAAGCAGUAUUCCACCCACCAAAGGCUUACGGCCGAUAGACGCUGUGAUUUUAUUCGGCGAGCCAAUCAGAUGGGAGACAAACCUGCAGCUUAUUGUUGAUGUGCUCAUGACAAACGGGAACCUAGACAACGCCUGGAGUUCCGUACAGUACCCUCACAUCCCGGUCCUGGCCUGUAACAUGGACCUGCUGUGGAUGGCUGAGGCCAAGGAUCCCAGGUUUGGUCACGGUAUGUUUCUGGUGUGCUUGGAAAGCCUGUACAAGAAGAUCACAGGCUAUGAUCUGAAGUACGAGGCUCUGAUCGGUAAACCCAGCGUUGUCACGUACAACUACGCUGAGCUGCUGGUCAGACAGCAGGCGGAGAGACUCGGCUGGACCACACCGGUGAAGAGGCUGUAUGCUAUAGGCGACAAUCCCAUGGCAGAUAUAUACGGCGCCAACCUCUACAACAGCUACCUCCAGGCUUCUCGGUCUUCCAAGGCCCGGAAGCAGGCUAAGAGUGGGGGAAGUGGUCUCGAGCCCUCUGCAGAAACUGUGGACGAUGUCCCUAAGAUGACAUCAGCCGAGCUUGGCGGAGCGUCCAGUGCAUACGGGGCAGAGGAAGAUCUUCCAGACAAGUGCAGCUCCAUCCUGGUGUGCACUGGCGUGUACAGCAGAGACCAGGAGGAGCUGCCCUCGGACACAACGCAGACCGUCACAGAGCAGCACAUCUUCCACGGCCACCGGGACUUCCGCUUUGACCCCAGCCUCACGCAGCCGUCCUUUAUUGUGCAGGAUGUAAAGGAGGCGGUGGAGCUGGUGUUCGAGCAGGAGGGCUGGCCCCUGGAGUAGGACCAGCUCCAACACAUCCUUACAAAUUGUAGCAGAAGCUCAAGGGUGUGUAUUCUGUUUUAAAUAUAAACUUAUCCACAGGGUAGAUGUAGCUGUUACUGUAACUAAUUCUUCAAGAUUUUCCUCAAGUGCCCUAGAAUCGGCUGCAACAACAAGUUUUAACCAAAUAUAUAAAGGAUAUAGACGUUUUAAUGCGUCAUGUUUUUUAAAUUAAUAUAUUUUUCACAAACAAUACACGCCUCACUGUCUCUUAUCGCUUAAACUACACUGUAUAGUCUGACGUCUGCCCUUCCUUACCUUUGUACACAAUAAUAUCAGAUGUCCUUUACAGAUAGUGUAGGCGCUGAGUUACUUUCUUUUUUUGCGAAACUUGAAAUGAAAUAUCUGUAUGUUCAAUGACCAGAGCUGAGAAAUCUUUUGGGUCUAGACUGAUCCAGAAAAGAUCUGUUGACAGUGUCGCAGAUAAAGAUGGAUUUGAUUAUUUUCUCAACAGUCUGUUAUUUGCCAAACUAGGUCAUCUUGCCUUCCCAGAUACACAGACCCCAGCAGGUCUCAUGUAGAGCCGUCCUGCUGCUUGUUUGCACUGCUCUCACAUUUCAGCUGGAUUUGUUUUUAAACUAGGAUGAACAUGUAACCACUAAUGCUGAUGAGAUUAAGUUGCCAGGUCUCAGUUUAGUACCUCACCAGAUUAGAUUUAGCCUAAUGUUUUAUUUUAUAGAGGAUCUGCAAUUACCACAGUGUUCAAAGCAAUGAAAAAGGUGCUAUUUUUCUGUCCAGUAGUUUUAGUUGUGAAAAUUUUAUGAAGGAUUUGUGAAUUUCUGUAUUUUUUUGUGGAGAGAAUAUUUAAUUACAUCACCAGCACUAGUCAAAAUGUCGUAGUGCUGUUUGUCAUCUUUGUAAGUGACAGGUAUAAAAAUGUAUGAUUUGUAUUUGACUUCAAUUACAGGUUGAAACCGUUAAACACUGGGAAUGUACUGUAAUAGCCAUACUGUGUGAGAGGACAAUUAAAAAAGGCACAAAAACUGCACAUCAAGUGAAAA